GAAAAACCACAACCAGUUCUUCUCUCAGUGGGAGGGCAGAGCCAGAGAGAGCUCACUGAUCGAUCAGCCCAGCCUAGUCCCGAGAGAGAAUGAAGCUUCAGAGGAGAAACAACGUGACUGGAAUGGCGCUGUGUCUUCUGCUGUGGAUGGUUUUGACCUUAACGGGGAGCACCUCAGCACAGCCAGACCAGUACAGUAGAGCAGUGGAUUGGCUGAGCAGGUACGGCUACCUGCCUCCUCCUGACCGGCACACCAGCAAACUGCAGACCAAAGACGGGAUAGAGAAAGCCAUUCGUGUCAUGCAGAGAUUUGGCGGUGUCCAGGAAACCGGGGUGCUUGACAGCGAAACCCUCAAACUCAUGUCCACGCCACGGUGCUCCCUCCCUGAUAUCGUUGGGAGUGAGGACAUGCUGAGGAAGAGGAGGAGGAGGAGGAAGAGAUAUGCCCUGUCAGGCCUCAAGUGGCAUAAGACGGACCUCACAUGGAGUGUCCACAGCUACCCCUCGCCCUCCCUCUCACCCGACCUGCCUAACACUUUGGUGGACAGCAUCCUGACUCACGCCCUCAAAGCCUGGAGCGACGCGGCCCCCUUGCGUUUCCGUCGGCUGCCGAGCGACAGCAGGGGGGCAGCAGCUGGAGGGGACAUCAGAGUGUCUUUUAACCGGUUGCUUCACGACGACGGGUACCCUUUUGAUGGGCAGGGCGGCACCCUGGCCCACGCUUUCUUCCCUGGCAGGGAUGAAGUGGCGGGAGACACACACUUUGACGAUCAUGAGAUCUGGACCUAUGGAGGUGACAGCAGCAGCACAGACUUGUUCACAGUUGCGGUGCACGAGUUUGGCCAUGCGCUGGGCCUGUCCCAUUCCUCCACUGAUCCGUCCAUCAUGAGGCCGUACUACCAGGGUGCCGUGGGAGACAUUCCCAGCUUCCAGCUGGCCCUGGACGACAAGCUGGCCAUCCAGCAGCUUUAUGGUGUGAAGGGUGGCUGGCCACCAGGUGGUGUUGAUCCUGACCUCCCACGCCUGCCCACUCCACCUCCUCCAAGACCGACACAGCCUUCUGACCCUUCAUUCCACAAUCGCUGCCAGGGAGGCUUUGAUGCAGUGGCAAAUAUCAGGGGAGAGGUCUUCUUUUUUAAAGGGGCACACUUCUGGAGAACCAAACGAGACGGGUCUUUGGUGUCGCUCAAUCCGGCUCAGAUCAAGAACUUCUGGAUUGGCCUCCCACCAGGAACGAACAAGGUCGAUGCGGUGUAUGAGAGGAAGAGUGACAGCAGAAUCAUCUUCUUUAUUGGAUCUCAGUACUGGGUCUUCAAGGACACGGUGGCCAUGGCCGGAUACCCUCGGCCCCUCUCCGAAUGGGGCAUGAGGACAAAGAGCGGGUUGCCGGUGGACAGGGUGGAGGCGGCUUUCAUCUGGGCCCACAAUGGCAAGACCUACCUUUUCAGCGGUGGGGAGUUUUGGAGGUUUGACGAGAGCCGUAAAAGCGAACAGACGAGCAGGCAGCCGGAGCCAGACUACCCACGUGACAGCAGCCUCUGGGCAGGCGUACCCUCCCACGUGGAUGACAUCAUCAGCUGGGGAGAAGGGGAUGCCUACUUCUUCAAGGACAACCUUUACUGGGUGCUGAAGAACGGAGGCCUGAAUCAAGAUGUCGUCACUCCUAAAUCCACCGCUGUGGACUGGCUCAGAUGUCCAGCUCCGCCCGCAACCACCGCUCCAGUCAAUCCUCGAAUCCCAAAGGACUGCAGCUGUGACUUAAAGGGGUCUUCUUCGCUCGUAAGAGGCAGCUGGCUCCUCCUCAUCUCUGUUUUACUGCUAAUGGAUGAGUUUAUUAGAAAAUAAACACCUGAGGUUGAGAUUUGUGUGGCUUCUACCUGUUUUUGCACCCCGCCCUUUAUUCCACUUUAGGGUGGCUUCGGCUCUUUACAUCAACACUCACAUCAACAUAACGGCACAACUCAUUAUCUUAUUUUAAAUUAAGUGUCAUAAAAGCCUAUGUUAAAUACCGAUCAUAUAAUUCACCAUGAGGCCUAUGUUCCCGUAAAUACUUAACCUUAAUUGCUGACCUGUGGAAAGAGUACAUUUUGCAUCCUCCCUCCUUCCUGCUAUAUAAGGAUUUCACUCCCUCCUUUCUCUAGAGAGAGUAUUAGAUUACACAGCCUGUUUAGGAGAAUGCAUAGAAAUCCAGCACAGAAAUCCAGUGUGCAGGUUACUCCCUCAUAAUGAGGCCUUACCCAAACACCUUACAGUAAACAGGCAACACAAACAUUAAGUGCAAUGGUCAUUUUCUUAAGAGCUCAUUUUUUUUAAAAAUUGAAAGCAGAUUUGUGUGUGUACAUACAAACACAUAUAUAUAUAUAUAUAUAUGAUUCUGAGUUUGCUCUCGUACGUGUAAAUAAUUUCAAAUCAUGGAACGAAGUAGAAGAAAAAAAUCACGUUUUUGUUAAUUAGGGAAAUGGUCAUGCUUGAAAGUAUUGUUGCACUGGUGCUGCGCACGGAAACAUGGACUCACAAGCAGGAGGCAGAGAAGGUGAAUCUUUUACUGUGGCACCAGUUAGAGGCAGGCAGGUGAAACCAGGAAGCUGUGGUCAGGAGCUAAAGGGAAAAUACGGCUGAUAAUAUAUGCAGGGGGAGAUAAUGAGGGAAUGGGGAACAGUUGUGCUGGUGGGUGAGGAGAUCAGGUGACCGGAAUUGGUGGGAACACACUAGGUGCAAUUACCAUGCAAGUGGGGAGGUGUCUAAAAUGACAGGGGGUGUUUGUGAGCGAGAGCAAACUUGACUGAACAGGAAGAGCUGUUAUUUUAUACAGAUGUUUAUCACUAUCAUGUAAAAAAUAUUUAAUUUCUUUAUUUGAUUAUUCACAUUUGUUUACAUCUGUCACUGUGAUGCUUUUGAGGUGGAGCAAAGCUCGUAAGAUGUAAGUCAUUCAAUGCUUAAAGUAAAUGUUUUUCUCAGGUGUAGUUAGGUAUGAUGUACUCUGGAUGCAGGUCUGUACGCAAGAAAUCAACAAAUAGGACCAUUUUUGAAGUGACUGUUCAGAAUCAUCAUUAAAAUGUCGGAGUUCUUA